AUGAGGGGCACUCGGGUGCCAAAGGAGCACACUAGCCAUCAAUCAGAGCCCUCCACGUCUGGCCGUGGAAAGACGGCUGCCGAACCUAUAUCCUGCCGAGGGUAUGCUCCAGGCCAAUACAAUCCCAACUUCUUGGAGGCCUUGAUGGGGGGAUCGCUGCAUUCGGUAUUGCCGGAGAAGGGGAGCCUUCCUAUAAGUAGUUCUCCUACCUGUAUAGUGUCACCAAGUCCAAGAGUGCCAAUCACGGAGGUUGGGUUCAGGCCAACUGUCUCAGGGCUUCCGAGCGGGGGCAUUUCAUCAGUGUCAUGCCGACUUCUCAGAAGUCUUGGAGGAAUCGGCAGGUGCUUUUGUCUGGCGAUUAGGAAUCGCCUUCAGGAACGCCCGUCCGUUUCCACAUUCCCAUCGCUUUCCAGAUUGCCGGUAGGUCAUUGGCAUGCCGAUCAGCAGGUUAUCAAUAUGUCUUUUCCUGAAAGAUUUUUAGUCGUUCUCUAUUGUCUUGUAGGCAAACUGAAGCAGUCGAGGCCGACUCAAUCCGAGAUUCGGCAUGUUGAUAAAGUGAGGCUGAAGGUUCCUGUUGCCGAGAGGGUAUACCUAAGAUUCCUCUUUACCGAGAACCUGAUCUGA